CACGGACACGAUUGUUUAACCGGCUUCGAUAAGAUUGUGGACGAAUCUCGAGGGGCUUUGUUAUCGGCGGCUAUUAAAAUACCGAUUGUUUCAGGACCAUUUGAACAAGCAGGAGCACCUCGGAAGUGAUGGAUUUUACCGGCAAAGUAGUGCUCAUCACCGGUGCCUCGUCGGGAAUCGGCGAAGGAACCGCGAUUUAUUUCGCCAAGUUCGGAGCAUCGCUUGCUUUGACGGGACGCAACGAAGCAAACCUGAAGAAGGUGGGCGAAGCCUGUGAAGCCGUAUCAAAGAAUGCGCCCCUGCUGCUCAUCGCCGACGUCACGAAGGAAGAGGACAAUAAGCGAGUGCUGGAUGAGAUUAUCGCCAAGUAUGGGAAGCUGGACGUGCUGGUCAACAAUGCCGGUAUUCUGGGGAACGGAUCGAUCGAGAACACGAGCCUCCAGCAGUACGAUGAGCUGAUGAAUACGAACGUCCGUGGCGUGUACCACCUGACGAUGCUGGCCGUGCCGCUGCUGGUGAAGACGAAGGGCAACAUCGUGAAUCUAUCCAGUGUGGCCGGUAACCGAUCUUUCCCCGGCAUCCUGGCCUACAGCAUGUCCAAGGCGGCAAUCGAUCAGUUUACGCGAUGCACCGCACUCGAACUGGCCCCGAAACAGGUGCGCGUGAAUGCCGUCAAUCCGGGUGUCAUCAUUACGGACAUCCACAAGCGUGGUGGUAUGGAUGAGGAGUCGUAUGCUGCGUUCCUGAAAAAGUGCGAGCAAACCCACGCACUUGGAAGACCGGGUGUGGCCGAAGAGGUUGCUUCGACCAUCGCCUUUCUGGCCUCGGACGGGGCCAGCUACAUAACGGGUGUUACGCUGAACGUUGACGGAGGCAGACACGCCAUGUGCCCCCGAUAAGCCUUUUCGGAUGUUCGAUUCCCCGUUUCCAACGACAAAGGUGCCUUGUGUGGAUUGGUAUUACGAAGCAGAUAUGUAUUUCAUUCGAUCGGUUCCGAAAUAAAACAGUAGACCGACGCAGCGACAA